CUCAACCUGGGUUCCUACACGGACUAUUUUGGUCGUAGCACGAGUUAAAUGUAUCUUGAACUUUCAGAGUUGACUUUCUCGAUUUAUUCAGGUUAAACUAUUUUAAUUACAAUGUCUAAUAUCACCAAUUUAUCCCGUGUCGUCCACGCAUUGAGGGUCCAACGGCUGACAAAUGGUUUUUGCUUGAAAACACCCGCGUUUGCUUGCAACUUGGCGAGAUUUCUGCACUCGAACUUCUCGUCCAACAGAACUUUCCCAAAGCAUCGCUUUGAAUGCGCUACACAUUACAGCUCUUCAGCAAAGAAGGACACCGUUAGGAUAGGGUGCGCGUCCGGGUUUUGGGGAGAUACGGCGGCCUCGGUCCCCCAGCUGAUCUACAGUGGGCAGAUAGACUACCUGGUGUUUGACUACCUCAGUGAGAUCACCAUGUCUCUCCUCACCGUGGCCAAGACCAAGAUGCCUAAUAUGGGUUAUGCCCCUGACUUUGUCCAAAUAGCGAUAGCUCCCUUUAUACAUGACAUCCAUAAGAAAGGUAUCCGGGUGGUCAGUAAUGCCGGGGGGGUGAACCCACUGGCGUGCGCUGCCGCUAUACAGGAAGUAGUCAAGAAGGCGGGACUUGAUCUCAAGGUCGCCGUGGUGACAGGCGAUGACCUCAUGGCUCAGAAAGACAGUCUGUCUGAGGUGAGAAUGGCUGAUGGGGUGAGCAGGUCAAAGCUGCCUACAACCGUCCACAGUAUGAAUGCCUACCUGGGGUAA